AUGGCAACAGGCCUCCUGGCACCCCCGGGGUUGGCACCGCUGUCUCUGGGGGCCAGCUGGCCGGGGGAGGGGAGGAGUUGGCACUGGGCACAUGACGGCAGGGGCUGGGUGGGUCGGGGCCGGGCAGUCCCAGGCCCACAUCCCGCCACGCACCCACGGUGUUUCCUGCCUCUGAGCACCAGCAGACGGGGAGGGGAGGCCUCGGGCUGGGGCUCACCUGGCGCCUCUCCCCCAGAUCACCUGCUGGCUGACGCCUACUCUGGCCACGAAGGAUCCCCCGAGAUGCAGCCCGCGCCCCAGAACAAGCGCCGCCUCUCGCUGGUCUCCAACGUGGCCCCAGGCCCCUCCCCUCGGGCCUGUGGGCUGGACCAGCGCCCCCUGCCCCAGGCCUCCAGCCGCCGCAAGAAGCUGGAGAGGAUGUACAGUGUUGACCGCGUGUCUGGUGAGGGGCUGGGCACGGGGCCAGGCCAGGGCGAGGCAGGCGGGACCCUCUGCCAGGGCCUGUGCCCCGGACGGCCCACGGCCCCUGUGCUCUCGCCUCUGUCCCCAUGUCUGUCCCUCUGCCCGUGGCCAAAGGCAGUGCUGACUCCCCGGUUUCCCAGGGUGUUCAGGGGCUACGCGGAGAGGAAGCGCCGGAAACGGGAGAGUGAUUCCGCGUCCGUAAUCCAGAGGAACUUCCGAAAGCACCUGCGCAUGGUCGGCAGCCGGAGGGUGAAGGCCCAGAGUGGCGACCUGCAGAGCUCGCACUGCACCUUGGGCGAGGCCUUCGAGGACCUGGACUGGGAGGCUGAGAAGGGCCUGGAGGCCGUGGCCUGCGAUGCAGAGGGCUUCCUGCCGCCCAAGGUCAUGCUCAUCUCCUCCAAGGUGCCCAGAGCAGAGUACAUCCCCACCAUCAUCCGCAGGGACGACCCUUCCAUCAUCCCCAUCCUCUAUGACCACGAGCACGCGACCUUCGAGGACAUCCUGGAGGAGAUCGAGAAGAAGCUGAACAUCUACCACAAGGGUGCCAAGAUCUGGAAGAUGCUCAUCUUCUGCCAGGGCGGCCCGGGACACCUGUACCUGCUCAAGAACAAGGUGGCCACCUUCGCCAAAGUGGAGAAGGAGGAAGACAUGAUCCACUUCUGGAAGCGCUUGAGCCGCUUGAUGAGCAAAGUGAACCCAGAGCCAAACAUCAUCCACAUCAUGGGCUGCUACAUUCUGGGGAACCCCAACGGGGAGAAGCUGUUCCAGAAUCUCAGGACCCUCAUGACCCCUUACAGGGUCAUCUUUGAGUCCCCCCUGGAGCUGUCGGCCCAAGGUGAGUUGGUCAGGCUGCUCCCCCGCACUGGGAUGGGGUCCCGAGGCAGCGCCCCCUUCCCCGAGGCCGGCCCCAUCUCGGAUGGGGGUCACUUCUGCGAGUGUGUCCCCGCCCCCGAGUCCUGA